UGUGAUUAUUUUAUUUUGAGGGAGCUGCUGUUGAUGCCUUUGAAUGAUCUCGACAGAGCUGCUGUCUGUGAUCAGAUGGAGAAUACACCGUACACUUUCCCACCGGAUAACACCUCCUGCUCUGAUCUGUCCCUCUGCCCCUCCGCUGCCACGCUCUUCUUCCUCCCCUCCGUCUACACGCUCCUCUUCCUUACCUCUCUCCCGGGAAAUGCGCUGUCUUUGUGGGUGUUCCUGCGGCGCAUCUCCUCCAUGUCCCCCAUCCACAUUUAUCUGUCCCACCUGAGCACCUCCAACCUGAUGUUGUCCCUCACCACUCCCUUCCUCGCAGCCUACUACGCCUGGGGCUCAGACUGGACAAUGAGCAGCACCCUGUGUCAGCUGGUGCUGCACGGCAUCACCCCAGUGCUCCACAUCAACAUCUACAUAAGCCUCAUGAUCCUCACUUGGGUGGCCUUCAGUCGCUUUGCAGCCCUCAUCCGGCACACCCACGCCUCCAGGCCGAGUGCCUGCACAACACUGCUGCCGCACAGCUUCUUCGCCUCUCUCACAAGGACCUCCUUUGCCAACAGGGUGUGUUUCACAGUGUGGGUGGUGGCGGUUGGGGGCAUUGUGCCAGUGACAGUCUACUACUCGGUGAACGAAGCUGGCGAGGGUGGAGACGCUGAGAUAGGAGGCUGUGUGGAGGUUUGCUACAACCCUGCGGUGGAAAUAGGGGGCGGUCUGUCAGCAGCUUUUGCCGUGCCCGUCAUAACCAUAUUCUUUGUGUUUUACCUGCUGGUGCUGCUGGCCUACAUGACAGUGUUGAGGCACAUCAGACGCUCACGUCGCAACACAAAAGUCACGACCUCCCAGGGCCUGCUGGGUAGGGUGCUCCGAAACAUUGUGGUCAUUCAGGUUGUUUUUUCAGUUUGUCUGCUGCCAUACCAUAUCUUCAAACCCAUCUUCAUUUCUCUCGCCAAUGAUCAACGUCAGCUGACAUUUUCACCUGGAACCAACAACUGUCACCCGCUCUCCACCUUUGUCGAGCUGAAGAACUCCUUUUUGCUUCUGGCUGCAGUCAGAGGUUCAACGGACCCUUUGAUGUUCUUCCUGUUAGACAAGACCUUCCGUCAUCAAACACGCAGACUUUUAAGGUGCAACCAGAAAAGCCCUGGACAAUCUGGGGAAAGUGCAACUCAGAAGGCGGGACAGUCGGGAGAUGGAAACGUGGCAAGCGCUACUGUGGAUUUAAGUCAUGAAAGUGUUUUAUAGUCGACAGAUUUUUCUUUUGAAAGAAGGCAGAUGUUGUGAUAACGAGUCCUGGAAGUCUAGACUAGGCCUGCACGAUAUAAAGAAUAUCUGCGACGUGCGAAAACAUUGUUCACUACCGGAUGACGAUAUGACUUGUGAUAAAUAAACAAACAUUGAAGUGUG